UUGAGUGAUCGUUACCUUAUAUGGUCAACAGCCGUGAACCCGCGAGCAGUUAAAACGUGUUGGUUCCUCUCGUGACUGCGCAUUGACGAGCACAGCUGGAGCAGAGGAACAGCGCGAGACUUCACCUCCACACAAACACUCACCUGCACAGAAAUGGAAGACGACGUAGCUGCCCUCGUUGUUGACAACGGCUCCGGCAUGUGCAAGGCCGGCUUCGCCGGGGACGACGCCCCCCGCGCUGUGUUCCCGUCCAUCGUGGGCCGCCCCAGACACCAGGGCGUGAUGGUGGGAAUGGGACAGAAGGACAGCUACGUGGGAGACGAGGCUCAGAGCAAGAGAGGCAUCCUGACCCUGAAGUAUCCCAUCGAGCACGGCAUCGUCACCAACUGGGACGACAUGGAGAAGAUCUGGCAUCACACCUUCUACAACGAGCUCCGUGUUGCUCCUGAGGAGCAUCCAGUCCUGCUGACCGAGGCUCCCCUCAACCCCAAGGCCAACAGGGAGAAGAUGACUCAGAUCAUGUUCGAGACCUUCAACUGUCCGGCCAUGUAUGUGGCCAUCCAGGCCGUCCUGUCACUGUACGCCUCUGGUCGUACCACAGGUAUCGUGAUGGACUCUGGUGACGGUGUCAGCCACACUGUUCCCAUCUACGAGGGCUACGCUCUGCCUCACGCCAUCCUCCGUCUGGACCUGGCUGGCCGAGAUCUGACUGACUACCUGAUGAAGAUCCUCACCGAGCGAGGCUACAGCUUCACCACCACCGCCGAGCGUGAGAUUGUGCGUGACAUCAAGGAGAAGCUCAGCUACGUGGCUCUGGACUUUGAGCAGGAGAUGCAGACAGCGGCCAGCUCCUCCACCCUGGAGAAGAGCUACGAGCUUCCUGACGGACAGGUCAUCACCAUCGGGAACGAGAGGUUCCGCUGCCCGGAGGCGCUCUUCCAGCCGUCGUUCCUCGGAAUGGAGUCGUCCGGCAUCCACGAGACGACUUACAACAGCAUCAUGAAGUGCGACGUGGACAUCCGUAAGGACCUGUACGCCAACACUGUGCUGUCCGGCGGCACCACCAUGUUCCCCGGCAUCGCUGACCGCAUGCAGAAGGAGAUCACUGCCCUGGCCCCUCCCACCAUGAAAAUCAAGAUCAUCGCUCCUCCAGAGAGGAAGUACUCGGUCUGGAUCGGUGGCUCCAUCCUGGCCUCCCUCUCCACGUUCCAGCAGAUGUGGAUCAGCAAGCAGGAGUACGACGAGUCCGGCCCCAGCAUCGUCCACCGCAAGUGCUUCUAGAAGAAGAAAGAGAAGACGGAGGAGAGCAUGAAGCUGCACGUCGUCGUUCAUCCACCAGGAAACAUCUCUGGAGAAUCUUUGAAUGAACUAAAGAUGUGAGACGCCACAUGCAAGAGAACUCCAGUGACUGUUUUAAUGAUUGAGUUCAGCAGAUCCUCACAGGAACUCUCGUCUGUGCCGCUCCAACUCGGCUCUGAGCUUUCACUCUGUCUGCUGAUAAACUCCUGAUGUUCUCAAACACACCGUCUGUCCACCUCUUACACUGUAACCAUCCAAACUGCACAUCAAUACUCUGCUGGUCUCUUGUCUCUGUCGGAGUCGAGCUGUCCUCGUGCUCUCAGCAGAGUUCACGCUCAACAAUAAAAUGCCAAGAUUUGA